GCUAGUCUAGACAUUAUGGUAAUCCUACUGAACUUCCUUAGCCGUCAUCUGAUUGUCGAGUUGGGAGAAAAAGACAACAUAGCCAUGGCGGCAGAGAUUCAUUCGAGGCCUCAAAGCUCAAGACCAGUUCUUCUAAAUAAAAUCGAAGGACACUCGGACGCGGUCAAUGCUGCGGUUUUGAUACCGAAAGAGGACGGAGUGAUCACGGUUAGCGAGGACAGAACUAUCCGGGUAUGGCUGAAGAGAGACAGUGGACAGUACUGGCCCAGCAUCUACCACACGGUCUCCUCGCCAUGCUCCUGUAUGUCAUACCAUCACGACAGCAGGCGUAUCUUCAUUGGGCAGGACAACGGAGCCAUUGUGGAAUUCCUUCUGUCUGAAGAUUUCAACAAGAUGAACCAUGUGAAGACCUAUCCUGCCCAUCAGAACCGUGUGUCAGACAUGGUGUUUUCUCUGGAGAGCGAGUGGGUGGUGAGCACCGGACACGACAAGAGCGUGAGCUGGAUGUGCACCCAGAGCGGCAGUAUGCUGGGGCGCCACUACUUCGGCUCCUGGGCCUCCUGUCUACAGUAUGACAACGACACCCAGCAUGCCUUUGUAGGGGACUACUCAGGACAGAUCACCCUGCUGAAACUGGAGAGACAGACCUACUCCACCAUCACCACACUGAAGGGCCACGAAGGUAGUAUUGGAGCUCUGUGGUGGGAUCCUGUUCAGAGGCUUUUGUUCUCAGGAGCGUCUGACCACAGUGUCAUCAUGUGGGAUAUCGGGGGCCGCAAGGGACGAACACUACUGCUCCAGGGACACCAUGAACGAGUGCAGGCGGUGCGAUACCUGCAGCUGACCAGACAGCUGGUGUCCUGUUCUGCAGAUGGCGGCGUCACAGUGUGGAACAUGGACAGUCCCAGAGAAGAGGCUCCUCAGUGGUUGGACAGUGACUCAUGUCAGAAGUGUGAGCAGCCUUUUUUCUGGAACGUCAAACAGAUGUGGGACUCAAAGACCAUUGGGCUUAGGCAGCACCACUGCAGGAAGUGUGGCAAAGCGGUGUGUGGGAAGUGUAGUUCCAAGAGCACUACAUACCCUGUGAUGGGCUUUGAGUUCCAGGUGCGCGUGUGUGACACCUGCUACGACACCGUCAAGGACGAGGAUCGUACUGCAUUAGCAACGUUCCAUGAGGGGAAGCACAACAUAGCCUUUAUGGACAUGGACCCUUCCAGAGGCCUGAUGGUGACCUGUGGCAGCGACCGUGUCGUCAAGAUAUGGGACAUGACGCAAGUCGUUGGCUGCAGCAUAGCAACAGGCUUCUCCCCACGUUGAUUAACCCCAUCGGCCCUCAAACUCUGUCCUCUACUCUACUGACAGGUGUCUCUGUCAUUGGGACCUCCUCUGUCUCCUCAUCUUUCUGUCUCCUUUUCUGUCCGGCUGCUUCUGUUCACUCAUCUCCCACUGGUCGUUUGAAUGAAGAUACGAAUGCGUGUGUUGUGUUGUGUAAGUGGGUGGGUACUAGUGUUGGUAACCCUUUGCUUGAUAUGGUGUCAGUUUUGUACGUGAGAAUUUGAGUCUCAAAUGUGUCUCAGGUCUAACUUCCAGUGUGUACCCGUUCAGCGGAGUGCCAAGCACAAUGUUCUGUUCUAAUGUGUGAAUGGAAGGGAGCAGUGUUUGUGUUUACGUAUGUUCCACCUCUGUCUGGUUUCUUUGACGUAGUGGGUCAGCUCUAAUUCCUUUUGCACUGUACCAUUGGACUGCUAGACCCGAUAAUCCACAAAGCCCUGCCCAACAGACACACACAGGUCUCUCCUAUUGGCUGCUUACUUCAACUUUCUACAUUUUAAAUAUUGCAAAUGCUAACCAUGACAACACAGCUUUUGUAUACCCAUAUGCAUAGUGUGUACAGUAUGAGAUGCAGUGUGCUUAUCGCUCUAUAUCCCUCACUGAUCAUGAGGUCAGUUUCUCUCUUUCCUCGCAAGUUGUUCUUUCCCUCUCUUUCUUUCUCUUCACUAGUUGGCCUUAAACUCACUCGUUUGUCUCAGGAGGAGGAGAUGGAAGAGUCAUUAGAGGGCAUGGCUGUAUGUGCCGUCACCAUGGCAACCCUGGCCGAGCUGUAGCCACAGCUGUUCUCCCACAGACCUUGUCCAACUUCAUCUCCGACACCUAAAACAUCUUCCAUCAAUUUACACUUCUAGUCCUGAUAACCAAGACCCCAUACUCUGUUGCCUUUGCGAUUAGUUAAGAUGAAUUUGCGUAUAAUGAAAAACGGUGUAAGCUUUUGAACAAGAGGUUUUUAUUUGGCUUUUGCUCUCUUUACAGGCACAUAGGUAUUGAAAUGGUACUGAAUUAAAGUCAACGUAGCGCUAAAGUUCCCAUGCACUGAUGUUUUACGCUGUUUAAUCUCUCACUGUGGGAUUGUGGGUAAAAUUAGAAGCUGCUUGUGUUUCCUCUUAGGCCUUAAGAGAGCGGGAUGGACCAAGCCUUCUAGAACCUUCAAAACUCUCACGACUGUUCUUACACACACUACUCUGUAGCAUAGCUGCAUUUUUCUCUCAACACUCACCCAUGAAUACUAAGCAUUCAACACUAUUUACUAGUUCCUCUGUCACUCUCCCGCUCUGUUUUGUUUCCAGAGCCCCGUAAGGUUCUCAACUGCACUUAAAUGCACUAAUUGUGGUUUAGAGAGCAGAUGUGCGUAACUUUUUUUAUUUUUUUUUAUUUUUAGGGAUGAUUUGCUUUGUUACGGCUUGAGUUGCAUAAUGUCUUUAAACUGGUAUAUAUUUGGCAAAUUUUAUGCUAGGUUAGACUAACGCUUGCCUUAAGGUAAAACUGAACAUGACGAUGGAGUAACGUAUGUAGUCCCAUUCCAGUUUUGAUCACCUACUGUAUAAUAUUUCUAUUUGUAGCAAAGUGUUUGAUUGUUUCUUGAUGUUUACUUCAUGUAUAGGAUGGUGGUGAGGUCACACAGACAGGAUGAUGUUUACUUCAUGUAUAGGAUGGUGGUGAGGUCACACAGACAGGAUGAUGUUUUGAUGUCACUGAGAAAUCUUUCACAGAUGUGCUUGUAAUGUUAUGUCAGAAACGUGAUGACAUCUUUGGGAGACAUGUUUAUGUCACAGAGAGGUGUUGACAUCAUAAAUACAUAUUGUGGACAUCACAGAGAUACAGGGGUGUGCAUGUUUCACAGAGAGGAGUUAAUAUCACACAGAACAUGCUAAUGUCUCAGAGGGACAUAGCGAGGUCACAGAAGCUGCAGGCAGCCUAGUGGUUAAGGGCGUUGGGCCAGUAACCGGGAAGUUGCUGGUUCGAAUCCCUGAUUUGACUAGGUGAACAAAGCACAUAACCCUAAUUGCUCCUGUAAGUUGCUCUGGGUGAGAGUGUCUGCUAAAUGUAAAGUACAGUCAUCAGGGAUGUGCAGUGUUCUUGGGAAACACUUUUGCUACAGCACAAUCAAGGCUCAAGAUCAGCUUUUUUUAAAUUGUGUUCGAUCGAAAGAAAUCUCUCUGUAAGAGAAUAUCUGUGACCGUUAACUGGAGUCCCAGUGAUUUCUGUUCCCAACUAUAGAUGAAUUCCAACUAGAUCGAUUCCUUUGAGUAAUCGAGAGCCACUAACGUUUAGAGGCUAAUAUUUGUGAUUCCCUCCACAAAUGAUUGUUCCCACCACAAUUGUGAUCAAUACAAUUCUCUAGGUAUGUUGGUUUGUAAUAAGUCCGUUUUAUGGGGUCGAUCCCAUGAAGAAGAAUUUAUAUACUUUUUACUGGUUCUUAUAUGUAAUUUGACUAAACUCUAUCCACGUUUUCACACAUGUAUAAAAUAGUAAGAUCUCAAACUAGAGCCAUAUCUAGCAGAGGGGUCUAGUGGGAGGAGCUAUAGGAGGACAGGUUCAAGGGAUGAAUGGAACGGAGUCGUAUCGUGGUUUCCAUUUCUUUGUUUGAUACCGUUCCAUUUAUGCCAUUACAUUGAACCCUUUAUCCUAUAGCUCCUCCCACCAGCAGCCUCUGAAUUCUACAGUAUACAUUCUCUACUACUCUGUUAAUCUCUUUGUUGCUGUUUGUCAUUUUAUCAUGUCAUACUGCUUGUAAAAUAAUCUUGUUCCGACGUUGUUGUAUAUCUCUAAUAAUUGUAUUUUUAAAGAGAAUCUCCUGUUGAUAAUGUUGACCGUACUGACUUUAGUCUCCCUGUGGCACUCUGUUCUGUCACGGUGAGGAAAUAAAUAAAAGCAUAAUAAAGAUAUCCAUUCAGACAUGUUA